AUGUUGAUAGAUGGAUUUGUCAGAUUGGGGGAGCAAAAAGUAGCUGUUAAGAGAAUCAAUACAUCACCUAAUAAUUCCGAGACAUUUAUAGAGCCAAUUGCACUUAUAGAAUCUGCGAUUUCGUGUAGAAGCGACGUAGUAAAUUUUGAUGUUCUUAAAUGUUAUGGAUUAAGUAAACUUCCUAAUACCAAUUCUUAUUUAAUCAUUACCGAGUUAUGUAAAUAUGAUCUUUGGAAGCACUUGGAACAAAACUUUGGAAAUCUAGAUUGCAUUAUUCUUAAUAAAGAACGUCCACAAACUGAUAGAAGAAACGUGUUUGUGCCUGAUUGUUAUAAAGAAUUAAUGGAACAAUGUUGGGAUGAUAAUCCAUCAAAUAGACCAAAUAUCAAUCAAUUAUAUGAAAUUUUGAGGGGAUG